AUGGGAGGCGGCAGCUCAAGGCCAUGGACCGAGCUCAGCGGCGAGACCAACUGGAAGGACAUGUUGGAUCCUCUCGACGAGGAUCUUCGGAUGUACCUCAUACACUACGGAGAACGAGUCCAAGCCAUCUACGACGCGUACAACGCCCAGUAUGAGGUGACCCGGUACUUCUACGUACCGUCGCACGCGACCUUUCUGGAGCAGCCGGACAGGUCUUGGGCCGGAUAUGUGGCAGUGAGCACCGAUGAGGGGACCCAGGCAUUAGGGAGAAGGGACAUUUUGGUCACUUGGAGAGGAACGGCGAAUUUCCUGGAGUCCAUGGAAGAUAUUCGAGAUGAUUUGGCCCCGGCGAACAACAUUUUCAAGGACGACACCCAUACUAAGAUUCACGCUGGCUUUUUAGAUUUGUAUACGAAGUGGGAUCUUGUAAAUCCGUACACAAGGCUUAGUGCCAGAGACCAGGUUCUAAGGGAGGUCCGGAAGCAAGUCGAUCUCUAUGCCGGCAAAGGCGAGACAAUCAGCAUAACAGUGGCCGGCCACAGCCUGGGCGCGGCUUUGGCAACGAUCAAUGCGCUGGACAUCUUGACCAAUGGCUACAACGCGCCCACCGACCACCCCGAGAAUGCCUGUCUGGUGACCGCAUUCCCCUUCGCCAGCCCCAACGUCGGGGACGAGAACUUCCAGGCGAAGUUCUCGUCGUCCGAGAAGCUCCGAGCCCUUCGAGUGACCAACGCCCUUGAUAUCGCUCCCUUCAUCCCUCCAAUCAGAUAUUACCACGUCGGAGAACAGCUGCUGGUCGACUCGCGCAAGUCCCCGGACCUGAAGCCUCUCUACAGCGGUAUGACUGGCGCCGUGGCAAUCGGGCAUAUGUUGGAGACGUGCCUACAUCUAAUCGCGGGCACACAAGGCAUCGAUAGCAACGAAUUCAAUGUUGACAAGCGUCGCGGGAUUGAGCUGGUGAACAAGGGAAUGGAUGCUCUGAAGGAUGAAAGAAAAAUUCCGGCCUAUUGGUUGGUGGCGAAGAACAAGAACAUGGUCCAAGAUGAGGUCACUGGAGACUGGAGCUUGGCCCCUCAGUACAUCCCACCUCCACCAGAAGAUAAUUAG